AUGUGGUCAAGAAGUUAUCACGCGAACCCCAAAGCGUUCCUGUCAAAUGAUCAUAUAAGUAAAUCGCGACUACGAGGCCGUCGCUUCACCUUUCCUGCACAUUCUGCCACGAUGGAGCUUCGCAAGAGUCUGUUACUUUCAGUGUUCCUUGCUGUUUUAUAUGCCACGACCGCGGGAUCGGUUCCAAGCUCCAAAUUCUCUACUCAUGGCGUUCGGAGUUUGGGGAACGGGGUUGACGUCGAAAGCUACCAUCCUCCGAGCACAUUCGAGGCAUUCGGAAGCGGAAUUGAUCACCCAUUGUCGAGAAGGCAGAGAUUCGACAUAAAGGACGCGGCGAAGGCUUUCGUCUGCUCUCGACUUUCAGUGCGACCUGCCGCUGUCUCGUUCAGGUCCGCAUACACGGGUGACAAGAUACAUUAUACCUACCUAAAGCAAACGCAUAACGGAGUACCGUUCGCCAACGCAGUGGCAAAUGUUGCCUUCAACCAGAAGAAUCAGGUUGUCGCAUUCGGAUCAUCUUUCGUUAAGCCUACGUCAAUCGCUUUGAGCACUCCCUCUAUUUCCUUGCAGCAAGCCAUCGCCACGGCAGAGCAAGCUCUUAACGGGAGAUACACUGGCGCCGUAGCAACACUCGAAUACUUCGUGAAGCCCGAUAAUUCUGUUGUCCUCACCCACGUUUUCCAGGUUAAAAACGAGUAUGAAAACACCUGGGCUGAAGCUUUCAUAGAUGCACAUACUGACGAGCUCGUGUCGGUGGUUGACUUCGUUUCGAAAGCCAGUUAUCUUGUCCUCCCUGCCCAGAAACAAGUCCUCACCGAGGGAUUUGAAAUCUUGACGGAUCCUCAAGAUUUCCAGGCAUCCCCGCUUGGCUGGCACGCGACCCAGAAUGCUAGUUUCACGACUACGACGGGCAACAAUGCCAUCGCGUUCAAGACAUCCCAGUCGGGUGUCACUAGCGAAUCCUCAAGCCCUCUUAACUUCAUCUACGUCCACGACCCCACAGCAGCACCGACAGUCCAAGGCAAUCUCGAUGCGGCACGCACGAACGCGUUCUACGUCGUCAACACGAUGCACGAUUUCCUUUAUAGGCAAGAUCUCACCACGCCUAAUCGCGAUGGCUCGCUCGAAAACGACAUUAUUGCUCAUGAAAUGACCCACGGGCUGACAAAUCGCAUGACCGGUGGAGGAACCUCGCGCUGCUUGCAAACCAUUGAAUCAUUCGAUCUGAUCGGUGGUUUAUUCAGAAUAACCAACCCCCUGCGGUACUCGAAUCUUCAGAGUUACACAGCAGCUAACAUCUAUGAUAUCGGUUCGGUAUGGGCAAACAUGCUUCAUAACGUCUACGCUGCCCUCGUAGGCGCCCAUGGGUGGUCUGCUACAGCGCGCACGAAUCCUUCGGGGACUGAAGGUAACAUAGUCUUCCUGCAUCUGUUCAUGGACGCUUUGGCGCUCCAGCCGUGCAACCCGACUUUCUUGACCGCCCGCUCUGCGUGGAUCCAGGCGGAUGUUAAUCGGUACGGAGGCGAAAACCGGUGCCUUCUUUGGAAUGCCUUCGCUAGUCGUGGGCUUGGAAUGGACGCAGCAAAUCACGUCGACGACUCGACAGUUCCUGCCGAUUGUUGA